GGCCAGGACAUCAGAGGCAUCAGAACAGGUGAAUAAAAAAGAUGCUAAUGUUUGACCCAGUCCCUAUCAAGCAAGAAGCCAUGGAGCCUGUUUCAGUGUCAUACCCGUCCAAUUACAUGGACCAAAUGAAGCCAAACAAAUACAGCGUCAUUUAUUCUACACCGAGUAUGUUGCACAAUAAAUUCUACUCAAACCCCGAAGGACUAUCAAACGGAAUCCAAAUGGAACCAGUAGACCUUACGGUGAACAAACGGAGCUCACCACCUUCAACUGGAAGUUCUCCUUCCCCCCUAAAAUUUCAGACUGUGCCUAGGAGAACUUCACCUGGAUUGACUCUGUCCUCACCCAGCUCACCUCUCAGUAAAUUCACACCAUCGCCCCCAGGAGUACAGCCCAUCUCCAUGCCAAUAACAAUCCCACCUGUAAUGGCUGCUGCUCUUUCACGCCACGGACUGAGAAGCCCUGGAAUACUCCCAGUUAUACAGCCUGUUGUGGUCCAGCCAGUUCCUUUUAUGUAUGCUCCCCAUCUUCAGCAGCCCAUCAUGGUGUCCACAGUUCUUGCUGAUGAGAUGGAAACUCCAAGUAGCAUGCAAGUGCCUGUCAUUGAGUCUUAUGAGAAACCUACACUGAAGAAAACAAUCAAAGUAGAGCCAGGAAGUGAACCAUCGAAGACUGACUUCUAUCCUGAACAAAUGUCACCUCCAGUGAUGACCUCAUUGUCUCCCCAGCAAGUAAUGUUGCAAGAGGAAGAUUCUGUCAGCUUACCAAAAUCAUGGAAUGGCCAGGAGCCCAGCUCAUCCUUCAGCAGGCAGUGCUCUGGGCAGGCAUGCAGGCUGCCAGCAUGGCUCUCGCAGGAGCUGAAGUUGGGAAUUGAGCUGGGCUUACG